AUGGUCCCUCGCGAAGCAGGUCGGAUCCUGCCCCUGGCACUGGUCCUGGCCGCCGUGGCCGCGGUGUCCUGGGCGAGAGGGCCGCCUGACGCACUCGGGCCGGGGCAGGGCUGCUCCGCGCUGGGCCGCUGCUGCCCCGGCCGUGACCCGACCUGCGCAGCCCCCGGGCCCCGGCGCUGCUUCUGCGACCAGGCGUGCGGCGCGGCGCGGGACUGCUGCGCGGACUACCCGCGGGCCUGCCCAGCUGUCUCCUGCGUUGUGGCAGAGUGGAGUGGCUGGAGUCGCUGUGCCAAACCCUGUCAGGUCUCCUACCGUGUCCGCCGGAGGCAUGUCCUGCAGGAGCCAAGGAAUGGGGGUGCUCCCUGCCCCCAUUUGGAAGAGCAGGCUGGCUGCGUGGAGUACCGGAGCCACCAGGGAGUGGAGUGCCAGCAGUCCUUGUUCCCUGCUCUGAUAACCACAGGCAGAUACGGGAAAGAACGGAGAAAGCAAAGUGUCCCCAAGGGGCAGGAGAUAUUAGGGUACUGUGUCCAGUUCCAGCUGGGGCCCAUUCCAGGGAGCUGCCGGCAGGUGAGGGCACCCCAUGCCCAGUGGACGAAGUAUCUGACCCAGGGCCACCUGGUCUGUGUCAGGUGUGAGUGGCCUGCCCAGGAUGCCAGGAGCCGACGUUGCUACGGGGACGGCGGCGGGGCCAGAGAGAACCAGCUGUUGCUGUGGCAGGCGGCCGGCCACCCCCGGUGCCGAGGGACGUGGGCGAGGCUUGGGCAGCUCCCGGACUGUUCCUGCCCAGAGGUCCACAGCCUCAUCUUCAUCUAGCGUCUCGGCCCCCUAACCGUCCAGACCCCUCCUUUCCAAGGCCUCCCAGGGAACCUCCCGUCCCAGAGCUCGGAUUCCACAGGGUCAGGGAGUGGGGAGAAGCCUGCAAA